UGUGUGGGGUCAUGUUGCAUAAUGCUGUACUAAAAUGUCUGUAGCAUGUUUGAACUACACGUUAAUAAUUAAAAAAGAAGUCCGCUGUCACCUGACUGACCAUAGACAGUUAAAGAAACAGACUGGCCCUUUCAGUGGCAGAGCGUGACGUCGGCUCUGCCAGCGUGGAACGCACGUCUCCCGGAAGUAAGCUGUCCGGUUCAGUCUGCGGAGUACGGAAAGAAGUCAGAGCAGUAAAUACGAAUCCAAUUGACGCUUUCUCGAAGACUUCUGGAAAGGACGCCGACACGGUUCAUCACCACAGAUCCAGCAGACCCGGCCAGGCUGCCCGCGGUGGGCGCGGCACUUCAAGAUGAUGUUGGACCGUACCUUGGCUCAAGUGGGCCGGAAUCUGAGUGAUGCCAUGAGAAUCCUGGGAGACGGACAGAGAGAUCCGGAGGCAGGAGAAGAGAGGUGGCGCCUGGGCAGAACCAGCAUCCCCGGACCCCUGCAGGGAGAUGGUCAGGAUGUUGCCGCCAUACUGCAUCUAGUUCACAACCUCAUUCAUGAUGAGGACGAGGGAGAGGACAAGCCAAGCCAACAUAGGAUGCAGAAUGUGGGGGAGCAGGGUCACAUGGCCCUGCUGGGUCACAGCCUGGCAGCGUACAUCUCUGUGUUGGACCGGGAGAGACUGAGGAAGCUGACCACUCGGAUCCUGUCUGACACCACGCUGUGGCUCUGCAGACUCUUCAGGUACGAGAACGGGUCAGCCUACUUCCACGAGGAUGACAGGGACGGCCUGGUGAAAGUGUGUCGGCUGGUCAUUAAUGCCCGUUAUGAAGAAUAUGCCUCUGAGGGCUACGCCGUCCUCAGCUCCAAACAGCCAAUCAUCUACCAGAGCGCCUCGGGCCGGCCGGGCCUGGGACAGCACCUGUGCAGCCAGCUUGGCCUGCCCCUCUCUAGUCUGUGCACCGUCCCGUGCAACACCGUCUUUGGAUCCCAGCACCAAAUGGACGUGGCUCUGUUGGACACACUGAUCAAAGAGGACAUAGAAGCCGGGAAGCUUCCUCUGCUGUUGAUCGUCAACGCAGGAACCCCCGGGGCAGGACAUACGGACAAGUUGGCUCGUCUGAAGGAUGUGUGUGAUCAGUAUAGCAUGUGGCUCCAUGUGGAGGGGGUCAACCUCGCAACUCUGGCCCUGGCUCAGGUCACCUCUGCUAUCAUGGCAGCCACCAGAAGUGACAGCAUGACACUGACCCCGGGCCAGUGGCUGGGACUGCCUGCUGUCACUGCUGUCACCCUCUACAGACAUGAAGACCCAGCACUGUCUCUGGCAGCCGGUCUGACCUGCAGCCAGCCGGUGGCCAGGCUGCGUGCGCUGCCUCUCUGGCUCUCCCUGCAGUACCUCGGACACAACGGGAUCGUCCAAAAGAUCAGACAUGCCACCGCACUGAGCCAGCAGCUCCUGCAGAAGCUAAAAGCUAUGACCUCCAUCAAAACAUCGGGCGUGGCUUCGCCGAUCCGGCCCAUCUCCGGGGCUUCGCUGCGGGACGUUCUGGGCUCUCUCUUGCUCUCUAUUGUGGAGGAUGAACUCAGCUCUCCUGUGGUGCUGUUUAAGUUCUCCCAGGAAACGAGUGCUGCGUCCAGUGGGGGUUCAGUGGAAGGUUACUGUGAAGGGGAGAGAGAGGUGCAGGAUGCCUUCAACAGAUGGCUGGGUGAACAGCUGGUGCAGCUGGUUCCCAGCAGCGGGGUCGAUGUGGUGGAGCUUGAAGACGAGGGUACAUGUGUUCGCUUCAGUCCCCUCCUGACUGCUGCAGUUCUGGGGACUCAGCAGGAGAACGUUGAGGAGCUGGCGGAGAAGCUGACGCAGCUGUUGCCCGUGAUGUGCUCCACCAUGGGCCUCAGACAGGACUUCAGAGAGGAAAUCCACCGACACUCCCCCUCACUCACAUACAUCCAAGACCUCAGCUGGCCUGGCCUUGGGGCUGUGCGGUACGAGCCUCAGACUGAGGGAAUGGAUGAGAGCAGGAGGAAGCAGCAGCUGGAGAAAAUCAACGCUGAGCUGCUGAAGAAACUCCAAGACCUGGACGCUGACAUCGUUUUCUCCACAGGCCCUGAGUUUGGGACAGAGGAGCACUGCGUCUUCGUUGGCAUGGUCACGGAGGACGUCGACGUUUCAGAGUUGGUGGAGACGGUAGCUGCCCUCGGGAGGGACAUCGAGGAGAGCGGGAGGCUGUUGGAGAACAUGACAGAGGUGGUGAGGAGAGGCAUCCUGGAGGCGGAGCAGCAGCUGCAACUGGCCAAUGAGGAGAAACUCAUGGAAGAGGGGAUGCUGAGGCAGCUUCCUCUGGUCGGCUCUGUUCUGAACUGGUUCUCUCCAUUUCAAAGUUCCAUUAAGGGCCGGACCUUCAACCUGGCUGCAGGUUCCCUGGACUCCACAGAGGGGACGUACUCCACCAAGGCCCAGACAGGCAGGCCGUCCCUGCAAGAGACUCCCACCUCCUCAAAGAAACUACCAGGUCAGAGGUUAUUCCGGCGCUCAGGGGCGGGCUCUGAGUCCUUCAGUGAAACCAGCUCCGUCGGACAGGCUGAGGAGCCAACCGGGCGGGGGGGGAGCACUCCGAGCGGCAGCGUCCACCCACCAGCCGAGGAGACCGCACACACUGCGGGGGACGAGGAAAGCCGGGAGUCUAGUUUGCAGGUGCACACACCGGUGGAGGAGGAAGUGACCUCAGAGGAGAGGCAGCCUGAAGGCCAGGAGGCGGAGCCGAGCGGGACAUAGGAGAACUGUCUCUGCUGGCGUCCAUCCGGCCGUCCUCUAAAUGGAACCGGUCCAACAGACGCCAAACAGACAGGUGUGAUCACAUUGUGAAUCUAACUCUUCCAGUUUUAAAGGGUUAACCGAGGUGGUAGAUCAGGCUGUUUUUCUCUUGCCCCCCCCCCCCCCCCCCCCCCCCCCCCCCCCUGGGUACUGCGUUCUACGGCACUUCUCCUCUGCCUUUUGCUACAGCAUUCUGUGAAAUAUGUUUUCCCACAAUUGUCAGAAUGCUUUAUAACCACUCCCAUAAAUGAGAGUGUAUAUUUUAGGGCUGCAACCAAUGAUUAUUUUCAUUGUUGAUUAAUCUGUCGAUUAUUUCCUGGAUGAAUGGAUGAGUUGUUCGGGCUCUAAAAUGUUGAUCAGUGUGUCCCAAAGCCCAAGAUGACGUCUUCAAAUGUCUUGUUUUGUCCCCAACUCAAAGAUAUCCAGUUUCCUGUCCCAGAGGAGAGAAGAAACUAGAAAAUAUUCAUAUUUAACAAGCUGAUCAAAAUAGUUGGGGAUCGAUUCAAUAGUUGACGGUUGAUCAAUUCAUGUUUGCAGCUCUACUUGCUUUCAUUUAAAAGUGGACUGGCAUACAUACAACUUUAUUACCAUGCAUGUAGUGACGGAGUAAAUAAUGAGCAGGCUGACUGGAGAAAUGGGUCCACCUGCCUGUGCUGGGCUGGAUCCCCCCCCCCCCCCCCCCCCCCCCCCCCCCCCCCCCACUGUAUUCACAGGAAUAGACAACAUGGAGUGUUUUAGGGAGGAACCCUCGGGAUUUUCCCUGAGCGAGAGAGAGGACGAGAGUUCUUCGCCCGACAUCUAGCCCAGCUUUGUGUUUUUCCACUCAUCUCGCUGUCA